GCGCCGCAACCCGCGCCACCUCUGUCAGCCAUCGCACCACUACGUGUACAUGGUGCUAGUUUGACUGGCCAACAUCAUGUGCCAUACACCACCGUACAAUUCUGUAGGGCGACGACGACCCGCCACAAAUAUAUGUUGAGUUUUCAUUGCGUCGUCAAUGUGACGACGUCGAGGACGUACGCCACCGGCUGCGAACGUGUCGCACGACCUCAUCCGACCAACGCACUGUCGACAUCAACGCUGCUAACAUGGACGUCCGAUGACCAUGCCGGACACCGUGUGACCGACGUCAAUGAAAGUGCAGCGAAUUUGUGCAAAGAUUAUUAGGAAUUGCACAAGACAUGGUGAUGUAAGGUUUAUCCAAGAUGAAGAAACUAAAUCAAAAGUUCUUCUAAUAACAGCAAUUAACGUUGCCACGUGUUACAUAACUACUCCAAAAAGUCCCACUGGUUCAUUAGGCAUUAGACUUCCAAUAUUUGUCAUGAUAAUCGAAAAUCUCAAUCAAUAUUUGUCAUUCGUAAUCACAAUUUUAGAUGACAUGAAUAUUCGACGUCGUUUCCGUUUUUGCAACUAUGUAAAAGACUCCAAAAUCGAUAUUUACUCAUAUUCCGCGCCUCUUUGCUUAAAUAGAGAUUGGAAUCAACUGAUAUUUGACUUGGAAAAAUUUACCGAAAAUGUAUUCCAAACAAAAUAUUUUCAAACUAUAAGAAUACAGAUUCAUGCUAAUUGUAAACUAAGAAGAAUUUAUUUUUGUGAUAAAGUGUAUGAUGAUAAUUCAUUGCCUAAAGAGUACCGAGUAAAUUUUGCCAAAAUUGUAGGACAAAAAACGAAAAACAUAAUUAAAUGGAUUUAAUAUAAAAAAAAUUGGAAA